CACACACACGCACUCGAAAUGUUAGGUUCGUCGUCGUCAAUGCCCGCGACUCGGUACAGCUACCGCGUGAAUCACCUGGUGCAGAAGGACAUCGGCAAGCCCAUCGAUGCCAUGAAGCACUUCAACGCCAAGGUGACGGAUGGUCGUAUCCCGAUCGUCCUCACGCCCAGCUACCCGACGUUGAUCACCAUGUUCAUGAAAGUUCCGUCGGGACUCUGGGUGCUCAAGCAGAAGUGGAACGCCCACUCUGGCAUGAUGGAUCCCGGUCUUAAGAUGUUCUGGCCGGCCUGGAACCGCGUCUCGCACAUCGUCACCAAACAAGCGGUGACCUACUCGAACCCUGUGCGUGGAUGCCCCACCUCCGACAAUGUGAUGGUGGAUAUCGAUAUCUCCAUCAGCUUCCAGAUCGGUCCCACGGAGGACGACGCCUACACGUUUGUGUACACUUUGGGUGCGCAUCGCUUUGACGAGCUGCUCUACAGCCUGACCGAGGAAGCCAUUCGCGGCCUCGUGCACUCUGUGCGCCAUGAUCAAGUACACGAUCUUCGAGAGGAGUUUGCCAUGGGAAUGAAGACGGAUCUGAACGCCAAACUCAAGUCUUUCGGUGUCUUUAUCCACAAUGUCAAGGUGACAAAUGUGGACCUGCCAGUGGCACUUUCUAGGACAUUGGAAGAGACCACGGCGUUCAAGACGCGCAUGGAAGAGCAAGAGAAGCACCAUGAGAACCAGAUGCGCAUGCUACUAAACCAAGAAACACAAAAGCUCACAGCAUUGGAGAAGAACAACGAGCGUGCGAUCCAAGAUCUCCAGGCUGAGAGUGUUCGUGCUGCUAUCAUUCGAGACGAGCGACGCACAAUCGCGGAAGCCAAAGCGCAAGUCACAGUUGCUGAGCAUGUGUCGAGAAACGAAAACAAGAUCAAGGCGGCAGAAGGCUACAAGGCUGAUGCUGUGGCCACUGCGACGGCCAGGACAGUGAAACGCAAAGCGGUGCCGUUGGUGGAGCUCAACAACCUCAAGACGGACUUUGGCCAGUUCGUGGAUGUUGCUAAGGUGAAGGGGGACGCAAGAGUGCAAGCGGCGGAAAAAGAGGCGGAGAAGAUUCAAGCGAACGCUGAGGCGGAAGGCAACUCAGCCGCGUUCCUGAAGGCCAAACGUGACUUCGACUACAAACAGAAGAAGAUUCUCAUGGAAUCAGCCUUGCUUGAGUCCGUUCCGCUUGUCAUUAGUGGCAAGAAUGGAGACCAACUCAUUCAAGGCACAUUGCUGCAGACGAUUCCACCAGCCAAGUGACUGGAUUUCUAAAGAACUUGAUGCACAGCUUGCCCAGUGGAAGGCUCAAAGCUUGUCAUCCACAUCUCAAGUUUUUUUUU